GCGGCGCGCAGGCGGCCUGGGCCCCAUGGCGGCGGCGGCGGCGGCGGCCUCCUGAUCCCGGCCCUGGGCGGCGCGAGCGGCGGCUCCGAACAUGCACAGCCUGGCCACGGCCGCGCCUGUGCCGACAGCACUGGCUCAGGUGGAUAGAGAGAAGAUCUAUCAGUGGAUUAAUGAGCUGUCCAGCCCUGAGACCCGCGAGAAUGCCUUGCUGGAGCUGAGUAAGAAGCGUGAAUCAGUCCCUGACCUGGCCCCAAUGCUAUGGCACUCAUUUGGCACAAUCGCAGCUCUUCUGCAGGAAAUUGUAAAUAUUUAUCCAUCAAUCAACCCGCCAACCCUGACAGCCCAUCAGUCUAACCGAGUCUGCAAUGCUCUGGCACUCCUGCAGUGCGUUGCGUCGCAUCCGGAAACCAGGUCAGCCUUCCUUGCAGCUCACAUCCCUCUCUUCUUGUACCCCUUCUUGCACACAGUUAGCAAGACUCGUCCAUUUGAAUACCUGCGGCUUACCAGCCUUGGAGUGAUUGGGGCCCUGGUGAAGACGGAUGAGCAAGAAGUGAUAAACUUUUUGUUGACAACAGAAAUUAUCCCCCUCUGCUUGCGCAUCAUGGAGUCUGGCAGCGAACUUUCCAAGACGGUUGCUACGUUUAUUCUACAGAAGAUCCUCCUGGAUGAUACAGGAUUGGCGUAUAUCUGCCAGACUUAUGAGCGGUUUUCUCAUGUCGCCAUGAUAUUGGGUAAGAUGGUCCUUCAGCUCUCCAAGGAGCCGUCAGCAAGGCUGUUGAAACACGUGGUCCGCUGCUACCUUCGCCUUUCCGAUAACCCAAGGGCACGAGAGGCUCUCAGACAGUGCCUUCCUGACCAGCUGAAGGACACCACCUUCGCCCAGGUGCUGAAGGACGACACCACCACCAAGCGCUGGCUGGCACAGCUCGUCAAGAACCUGCAGGAGGGUCAGGUCACCGACCCCAGGGGCAUCCCCCUGCCCCCGCAAUGACACCCGCGGAGGGCGGGGCACCAGGGAGGAAACAGCUCAGGUUUACAGAGAACCAGGAACCGAUGACCUCUUCCAGAACCGCCUGGGUGCGCAGGCCGGCCUCCGGCCUGCCCGCCUCCCAGCCAGCAGGACCGUUCCCCCAGCCGCGGGGGGAUUGUGACACCAGCACAUACUGUUACUGCAGCUUAAAAGCCAAGCACCGCCUCUUCCCAGCUCGGCUGGCGUCUGCCUGGGGCCGUGCUGGACGUGGACUCUUCCCCGUAGCGCAGUCUCCGUGCCGGCGGCGCGUGGCCUCGCAUUCCUUGUCACUCUCACCGUUUACAAGUCUGUUAGACGAGCGAGCUCAAUAAAAGUUGACCCAGUUGUUUUA